AUGUCGAACGUCAUCUGGACGAAGCGGAACUCGUGGCCGCUCUGCGACGGGCCCGACGUCGCCGGCGCCUUCAGGCCCAUCAAGGUCGUCGGCGAGGGCGCCUUCGGCGUCGUGCUGCUCGUGCGCAAGGUCCUGGGCCCCGGGCGGGGCAGCACGCACGCCAUGAAGAUCAUGCACAAGGAGGCCGUGGACCGGCGCGUGCUCGUCGCCGAGCGGGAGAUUUUAGGCAAGGUCUGCGGCAUCGACAGCCGCUUCCUCGUGCGGCUACAGUACGCGUUCCAGUCCCGCGACAAGGUCUUCUUGGUCAUGGAGUACUCGGGCGGCGGGGGCCUCGUGGACCACGUGGCGAGGUGCGGCGGGAGGCUCAAGAAGGACGCGUCGCGCCGGCUCGCGGCGCAGCUCGCGAGCGGGCUGAGGGACCUGCACGCGCACUCGAUCAUCCACCGCGACCUCAAGCCCGAGAACGUGCUCCUCCACGACGACGGCUUCGUCAAGAUCGCCGACUUCGGGCUGAGCACGCUGUGCCCGACGACGGUGCAGCGCGGCGGGCCGGCGGCGCGCAAGGCGGGCUUCGCGGGCACGGUCGAGUACGCGGCGCCCGAGCGCCUGCAGAAGACGGGCGGCGUGACGACGGCGGCCGUGGACUGGUGGGCCUUCGGGGUCAUCCUGUUCGAGUGCGUCUGCGGCCGCACGCCCUUUGGCGCGGCGACGGCGCGGGACCUCUUCAUCAACGUGUUAUUCCGGGACCCGGCGUUCGAAAACGCGUUCGACGACGACCCCUUUGCUAGGGAUCUGCUGGAGGGGCUGCUGCUCAAGGACCCGCAGGCGCGGCUC